AUGACCAAUGAGAAGGUCUACGUCUGGUCCAAGUUCAAUAUAUUCACCCGAUGGAUAUCCGAAACAAAGCAAACCGCCAUUCUCAUCUUCGAUACCGAGGACCACACUCCUCACCCAUUCGUAAAUCUAAGUCCCGAAGCACAUCUUCUCGGCGACCCAUUCUGGGUAUACCCCUAUAUCCUCAACUCGAUCUCCAACCUCGAAGAAAAGGCCGUCUGGGCAAUCCGAGAUCAAAUUCGACCAAUCGAAAAAGAACAAGGUGAAGAACCGCCUCAACCGAAUAAACGGCCGCGACCAAAUUAUCGCAAGUUACACGACAUCGCCCGUCACUCCAUCCACGUCAACGAAACCCUCGACGUAUCCCUUCAAACAAUCGAGCGCAUCCUAGAAAACCACCGCACCUACAUGAACCCGAGAGACUCGGUUCUUUUCCCUUCCCACCGAAACACCCAAGUCUGGCAAACGAUCCAGUCUCGCUUAUCCUUCCCCCAAAGCUUUCUCGGAAGUUUGCGACACAGAUCUAUCUCCAAUGAGAAGCGAUUACAAAAUGAGAUUCAGCUGACGUUCCAAACGGUUGCACAACAGGACACUUUAGUCAUGAUGGAUGAUAGUGCGGCGUUGAAGACGGUUGCGUUGGUCACAUUUACUUUCUUACCGCCGACGUUUCUCUGCGCUGUAUUUAGUAUGUCGUUCUUCAAUUAUGACCAGAAUCUUGGGUGGAGGGUUUCGGAGAAAUUCUGGAUUUAUUGUGCGUUUGCGAUCCCGACUACGGUUCUCUCGGUUGGUUUGUGGUUCUUUUGGCGGAAUGCUCUGCCAUCGAGACAGUUCCGGGAUCGGGUGGAUCACAUGGAGGAUGUUUAG